GCAGGGGAGAAAGAAAAUCAUAUAUUGGUUCACGGAAAGCAAGUAUGUUUGCUUCAUUUUUGUUAGCACUCUCAAGGUAUCUCAGGAGAAUCAACUAAGUGAUAAUGUAGUGACUGCAGCAAAGUCGUCUCUCAGCUUCAUUGAGAGCAGAAGCAAAACCGGAAACACUAUCCGGACUGGUUUCGAAUCGUCGAAGGAUGGAAUUCAGCUUGAUAGCUGCCGUUGCAAGGCAUUUAACAAUGCUACCGUUUUGGUGGGCUACCGAUCGGGAGUCCAGAGGCGCACGCACCUGCGAAAUCAACCCAAAAUCUACAUUUGUGCCAUACACUGUCCUUCCCUGUGUCUGGCUUGUGUGCAUGUAGCUUCUGCGAGGAUUCACUCUGUUACACUUUUGGUCUUUUUGCAUUCAAAUUUUGCUGGAAUGUUUUGCUUCAAUUCAGCGGUU